AUGAAGUUACUCUUGACGGGGCUUCUCGUGCACGGAGCGUUAUCCGAGGUGAUAGUGAAAACUUCGUCAGGAUACCUUCAAGGACUCAAGGACAGCGUGUUCAACAGGACUCUAUAUUCGUUCCUCGGUGUUCCGUUCGCCGAGCCACCACUCGGAGACCAGAGGUUCAAUAAACCUGUCCCCUACGGGAAGUGGGACGGUAUUUACGUGGCCGAAACACCAUCGUUCCCCUGUCUCCAAGACGAUCAAUACUAUUCCGAGAGAAUGCAGGUGAGCGGUGCGAACUCGACCGAAGACUGCCUCUACCUGAACAUUUGGACGCCGGACCUGUGUCGCCAAAGAGCCUGCGAAAGGAAAGCCGUCGUCGUUCUGCUCCACGGCGGGGGUUUCUUCAGUGGUGGGAAUUCCUACAUGUUCAACAAUGGAUCGUUCCUCUCGGCUCUCGGUGACGUGGUUGUGGUCGUCCCAAACUACCGUCUCGGAAUUUUCGGCUUCCUUGACCUCGGCACUCCCGACGCUCCUGGGAACCAGGGUUUGUACGACCAGCUGCUCGCGCUCAAAUGGGUUCAGAAAAAUAUCGAGAGUUUCGGCGGGGAUCCCUCAAAAGUAACCCUUAUGGGUCAAAGCGCCGGCGCCAUUUCGGCCGGACUCCACAUGAUUAGUCCGCUCUCUCGGGGACUUUUCACAAGGGCCAUCAUGCAAAGUGGAUCCCCCUACGCUCGACCUUCAGACGGAGCCCUUCAAACCAUUUCGAGAUUGGAAGCGCUCGCCGUCGAGCUCGGUUGCUCGGUCUCACAGAAAGACACCUUCAAGAAAGAGGAUAUCGUUCAGUGCUUCAAAUGGACCGAAGCGAAGAAGUUAUUGGAUGCUUCGCGACGCAUGGGCGGCGGAAUGUCUGGAAACAACUUCUUCCCAACCUGGGGCAAUGAAUUCCUUCCCCUGGAGCCCCGAGAAGCUAUGGAACAGGGAGACAUGGAACCCGUUGACGUACUCAUUGGCACGAAUCAGAACGAGGGCGGCGCUUUCAUCAAUUACUUCCUGCACAAGGUUUUGAAGCAGGAUUCGAUGAACGCAGUAAGCCCUGAAGAAGUUAGAUUCUACCUCAAUGUCUUCAUGAGGUUCUCACUCCAGAGUGCCGCGAGGGAACUCAGUGACUUCUACUUUAAAGGAGUCCAAAACACUGUCCAGGCAUUCCAAUCAGCGUGCUUGACGUUCGGUGACUUCCUGUAUCAGUGUCCGACGAACUAUUUCGCGGAUAUUCUGGAGCGUUACGGUCGCAAGGUGUACAUGUAUCACUUCGAUCAUCGGCCAUCGUUCUCGUGGUAUGAGAAAUGGCUCGGUGCGGUACACUUCGACGAAUUCGUCUUUGUCAUGGGUCAACUGUUCCAUGGGGAUCUUGCCUUCUCACCUACGAUCGAUGAGCUCCGACUGAGUGCGCGCAUGAUGAAGAUGUGGACUCAUUUCAUUAAAUUCGGAGCCUUCGAGGACACCAAGUGGCCUGAAUACGCUCAGUAUAACAAGACCUACAUGAAUAUAAACACCAAAGCCUUGCACGCGAAAAUGCCCAUAUCCACCUACACCUUCAUUGGUCAAGGCCCCGUGCGGAAGCAAGCCUGUGAGCUCUGGGAGCCCUAUAUAAAGGUUCAUACGGCGAAGAGCAAAGUGUCCUUGGACCCGAAAGGCCAGCAAAGCCUCAUCGACGAUCACGACAUCUCCUUGGAAAAACUUCAGGCCUCGCAAAACGAAAGACUCGAAGAAGAGAUCGGUAGGAGCACGCUGCGAGAAAUCGUCAACCGACUCAGAGAACGACUCCAUUGAUUGACGCGAAAGCGAAAGUUGCCAAAGAAUCUCAGAGACAACGGACGAAGCCAUUCUCCGACAAAUCGAGCGGCCUCCUCAUGUACCUAA